AUGCCUGGGCAGCGGCCGGCGACCUCGGGCUACGCGCGAAUAGCUCAGGCGGAAGAGGAAGAGGAAGAGCAGGAGCAGUACUCCGACACGGACGACCCCUUCAACGAUGCUGCAAAUGCCAUCUCAUCCCCUGGUGCCCAGUAUGCUCCAAUCCAACCCGGGCUGCGCGACUCCAUGCGCCUACCGAGUGAUGAUAGCACACCGAGAAGAUCUGGACGGCGACAGAGAGCGAACAGCGGGGUGGAUGUCAAGGCAAUAAACGCGCGAUUGGAAAGAUGGGCCGAUGAGAUCAAGGACAGAUUCAAGCGGAGACGGGUAAAGGGCAAGAGCUCAGGGGAGGAGCAAUUGGAGAUACAUCACUCGGUAUUCCAGGCGCCAGACUGGAUACGGCCGGCGAGCAAGCAAACAUUAGAAUCAGAAUACGACGAUGGAACGGAGCGGAUGUCGAAGCUGGAAUUCGAUGAUCUGGUCGAGUCUGUCCGCACAGCUAUUGAGCUGGGCUUGCAUCCGAAGCUCAUUUCACAAGGGAGCAGCGGAUCAUACUUUGCGAGGAACAGUGGCGGUAAAGUCAUUGGUGUCUUCAAACCUAAGGACGAGGAACCCUACGCCAGCAAGAAUCCUAAAUGGACGAAAUGGAUACACAGAAAUCUUUUCCCGUUUGCUUUUGGUCGCGCCAUGUUGAUUCCCAACCUCAGCUACGUUUCGGAAGCCGCAGCGUAUGUGCUAGAUUGCCAAUUACGAACAAAUUUGGUACCUUACACGGAUGUGGUCGGACUGAGCAGCAAAAGCUUCCACUACGAUUGGAUGGACAGGAGGGCAUACUAUAGGAGAGGUAAAGCCUUUCCUGAGAAGCUCGGCUCCUUCCAGGUAUUCCUCAAAGGCUUCAAGGGAGCCACGGAGUUCUUCCGAGAGCACCCAUGGCCAGACCUAAGCACUGGAUUUGCUGAUCUGCCAGCUAACAAGCCGCGACGGAAGAAACGGUGGGACGAAACUUGCAGGCCCAAAAGCAGGGCUUCUACACAGGAUGGUCGUGAUAGUGACGAUGAAUAUGAAGGCGAGAGUUCUGGCCCUCAGGGCAGGAGUGAGAAUGCUUAUUGGUCCUCUGAGCUGCAGCAGAGCUUCAGGGAAGAGCUCGAGAAGCUCGUCAUUCUGGACUAUGUGAUGAGAAAUACCGAUCGUGGGACGGAUAACUGGAUGAUCCGAAUAGACAAGGAGAAGCAACAGGCAACUAUCGUGAAGGAGCGUCCAACCGCCAAUGGUAACGGAGAGACGGACUUCGGCUACCACAGACGGAAGGAGAGUAUGUCUGCAACACUUGCGCAUGAGUCAACCGCCAAUCGCGAAAAGUCUGUGCCGAGGAUAGGAGCAAUCGACAACAGUCUCUCGUGGCCCUGGAAGCACCCCGACGCGUGGCGAAGCUAUCCAUUUGGCUGGCUGUUCUUGCCUGUGAGCUUGAUUGGACGACCGUUCUCAGAGAAGACUAGGAAACAUUUUCUGCCUCUGCUUACAUCCAAAGAGUGGUGGAGUGAGACGCAGGUAAAGCUUCGAAGGUGCUUCGAAAUCGACGUUGACUUUCAGGAGAAGAUGUAUGCCCGCCAAAUCGCAGUGAUGAAAGGUCAGGCUUGGAAUGUUGUUGAGACCCUGAAAACACCCGAUCACGGACCUUUGGAACUUACUAGACGCAAUCGUGUUCUUGUCUGGGACGAUGUUGUCGACAUACCUGUGGCUGUGCCAAUGCCCAGAGCCUCCGAGGACAUGCGCCGCCGCGCAGCAGCACAGAAGAACGCAGAAUCACAGAGGCGUGUUGCGGCCAUCGCAACACCUCCUAAGAGAAUCGAAGAGCAUGAGGAAAUGGACAUUUCGGCCGCUCUCGGGCCCUCAGCGUCUACCACCAAUGGAGAUCUCCUCGGCCUCACAGGGACGUCCCUACCAGAAGACGUGAGCAAAAAUCGCUUCAACAUCUCGAGAGAACAUUCGUCGCAAGAUAUUCAUCGUACUUCAGUACAAGAUGCGAUUAAAGAUCACCUCUCACCUGAAAUUAAACCGCAAGAAUUGAAAAUCUCGCCGCAGUCACUCCACUCUGCUGCCCUGGGAACACGGCCUGGAGCUUACAGGUCCAGGACGGGCGGACACAGAACGAGCCACGACCUACCUCGUACGCAAUGGGCUUCUCCCCGUGCGCAUAGCCGCAGGUUCAGCUUCAGUCUUGGAGCAAGAAGAAACAGCGUUGGCGAAGGCUUUGACGACGAAGGAGAUUUGGGCUAUUCGGCUGCGGCGGACCAGGAAAGCAGUAUGCGGAAAGUCAUUGUUGAGCGUUUGGAAAUGGUGAAGAGCAAGCCUCCGGUGUUUAGUUGGUGCUAG